UGACGGCGUACGGACUUGUGCCGGUGGACUAGAAACUCCCGCCAUUUCGACAAGGAAUUAACCUCUUGAUUGAUCCAGGUUACUUUUCGAAACACUUGCUAACGCUGUUAUCUGAGAACGAGAAGCGCUGACAGUACGAACAUGCCGCUAAUACGGUUGACUAAAAGAGAACAGGCCUAGUUUGCAAAGACUUGGGAUUGUUACGUUACAGCGCGCCAGACCUCCCGUUGGUCUGAGCUUUUGGCUGUUGCCGCGAGUUUGAUUUUAAGGUGAUUUGCAUCCUUUCAUGUCCAUCCUGAGGAGCUAAAAGUUCACCAACUAUACCAAGGGACAAGUCUGGCAAUCUGUUUUACAUUUAAGACACUGCGUGAAACCAGCAUGACACCGCUACGAGAGGAGAGAAGAAGGGUGCGAUGAGGCGGGUGGCAAGAAGCGCACUGUUAUUGUUUUGCAACGAGAUAGCAAUCCAGCCUGCUAGCUAGUGAGCUAGCUGCUACACGUUGAGUGCCGGGCCUGCCGGCUGUAACGUGAAGCGUGCUAAGAUAUUUCUGGACACACGGAUACAUGCUAAGGACAUUAUUGUAUACUACUGCGCAAGUGUGUUGCUAGAAGUUUUAAUUUUUCCGGUGCCAUCUGUGGAUUUGAAAUGGCACCGCUUUUAGGCCGGAAACCGUACCCACUGGCUAAGCCGCUAGCCGAGCCACCAGGCCCGGGAGAGGAGGUCUACAUCAUCGAGCACACCAAGGAGGCCUUCAGGAACAAAGAAGAGUACGAGGCACGCUUGCAGAGGUAUGGUGAGCGCAUCUGGACAUGCAAGAGCACUGGGAGCAGCCAGCUUACACACAAAGAAGCGUGGGAGGAGGAACAAGAAGUCACUGAACUUCUUCAAGAGGAGUAUCCCACGUGGUUUGAGAAGCCGGUCUUGGAGAUGGUCCACCACAACACAGUGUCUUUAGACAAACUGGUUGAAAUGGCCUGGGUGGAAAUCCUCACAAAGUAUGCUGUGGAUGAAGAGUGUGACUUCCUGGUGGGGAAGGACAAAACUUUGCAGGUGAAGGUGGUGAAGAUCCACCCCCUAGAAAACCCAGAGGGCGAGACAGGGGAGAAGAAGCUUGAAGGCGCCUGUGACUCACCAUCCAGCGAUAAGGAGAAUGCAAGUCAGGAGAACCAGAGGAAGGAACCUCCUCCCAGAGAGGAGGAGAACAGGAGGGAGAGUCUCAGUGACAGAGCACGACGUUCACCGAGGAAACUACCCACUGCCAUGAAGGAAGAGAAGAAGAAAUGGGUGAUGCCAAAAUUCCUUCCUCAUAAGUACGACGUGAAGCUCAUCAAUGAGGAUAAGGUGAUCAGUGAUGUCCCAGUCGACAGUCUUUACAGAACGGAGCGCCCUCCAACCAAGGAGAUCAUGCGCUACUUCAUUAGGCAUUAUGCUCUGAGGCUUGGCAUGGGAGAGAGCGCUCCCUGGGUGGUUGAAGAUGAACUGGUUAAAAAAUUUAACCUCCCCAGCAAAUUCAGUGACUUUCUGCUUGAUCCACACAAGUUUUUAGCAGAGAAUCCUUCCACUAAACGUAAGAGCUUGACAUCUCCAGAGGGUAAACCUAGCAAGAAGCUCAAGACCUCUGACACACCAGGAGAGGAGUCAGGAAAUGAGAAGGGAGAGAAGAAAAAGAAAAAGAAGAGAGACUCGUUAGGCAUGCCCCUUUCUCCGACGAUUUGGGGCCACAUGCAGAAAAUAAAAAUGAAUGGCUCUCCACUCAAGGUAAAGAACUCAGGAACUCCAAAGAAAGGAGAAGGAAAAGGCUCGGCACCCUCCACUCCAAAAUCAAGCAGAAAGUCUGGGGAAAAGAAAGAAGGAAAGAGAACUGGAAAGAGCGGCGAUAAGAAGCUCAACGUCCUCAAAGCUUCUAAAAAGGAAGGGAAAGCAGGCGCUAAGACACCGAAGAUGAAGCAGAUGACUCUGCUGCAUCUGGCUAAGAGCACUCCUGCUGGGAGCCCUAAGAAGAGAGCCCGUAGUAAUAGCAUGGGUACGCCUAAACUGGGGAAGCCACUGCACCCUAUGGCUCUGCAUCUCCUUCGUUACUAUAAGGAGAACAAGGGCAAAGAAGACAAAAAGAACUCCCUUUCAUCCCUCAUCUCCAAGGCUGCGAAAACCUUGUCCCCAGAUGAUCGGAACCGGCUGCCAGAAGAGCUCAAGGAGCUGGUGCAAAAACGCUGGGAGCUACUGGAGCAAAAGAAGCGGUGGGCGGCCAUGAGUGAUGAGGAAAGGCAGGAAGAGAUAAAGAAAAGGCGAGAGGAACUCAAAGAGAAACUGCGAGAAAAGGCCAAGGAGCGACGCGAGAAGGAGAUGCUGGUCCGCCGUGAACAAUCACGCAGAUAUGAGGACCAGGAGAUUGAAGGUGGCAAGAGUCUGCCGGCGUUCAAACUCGUAGACAUGCCCGAGGGUUUGCCCAACACUCUGUUCGGUGAUGUGGCUAUGGUCGUGGACUUCCUUCACUGCUAUGCAGGGCUGCUGAUGCCGGAUGACCAGUAUCCCAUCACAGCGGUGGCUCUGAUGGACGCACUGGCUGGGGAGCGGUCUGGCUUCCUCUAUCUGAACAGGGUGCUGGUGGUGCUGCUUCAGACGCUGCUGCAGGAUGAGCUGGCAGAAGGUUACAGCGAGCUCGAUGUCCCCUUAUCUGAGAUCCCCCUGACCAUGCACUCUGCGUCAGAGCUGGCACGUUUGUGCUUGCGACCAUAUGAUGCUCACGGCGAGGAGAGCGGCCAGGGCUCAGAGGACUCUGGUGCGCUGGGCGGCUUUGAUGACGUGGUGACCAGUGAGUUCUUGGAUAAGCUUGAGACAGUUGAGGUGUUUGAGCUGAGCCCAGAGGAGAAGGUCAGCCUGCUGGUGGCACUGUGCCACCGCAUACUAAUGACGUACUCUGUUGAAGACCAUGUUGAUGCAAAGCAGCAACGGUCUGCUGAGCUGUGGAAGGAGCGUCUGGCAAUGCUGAAAGAGGUCAAUGACCGCAAGAAGGAAGAGAAGAAGAAGCGAAAGGAGAUGGAGGUCAAAGGUGAGAAAAAGAAAGAGGGGGCUGCUAAGAAGGAGAUCAAAAAAGAGGUAAAGGUGGAGCCGGAGCCAGAGCCAGACGACAUGAUCAGCUCAGUGAAGAGCCGGCGUCUGAUGGCCAUGCAGGCCAAGAAGGAGAAGGAGGAGAUGGACAGACAGAACAAAGAGCGCAUGGAGAAGGAGGCUGAAGAAGAGCGGAUGCGUAGACAGAGGGCUGCUACGGAAAGGGCCUUCCAGGAUGGUAUAACCAAAGCCAGGCUUGUCAUGCGCAGGACCCCGCUGGGUACUGACAGAAAUCACAACAGGUACUGGCUCUUCUCUGACGUGGUUCCUGGGCUGUACAUUGAGAAAGGCUGGGUGCACGAAAGCAUCGACUACAGCUUCACCCCUCCACCUGAGGACAAACCAGCUGAGCCUGAGGUAGAAGAGGAAGAGGAUGGUGGGUCGACCAUCACUCAGGAUUCACAAGGAGCUGAAAAGGAUGAGGGCAGCAUAGAUGGUGCGAUUAGUGAGGGAGCCCAGCAGGGGGCAGUAGCAGACAUCUGUAUAGAAACUACUGUUCCCAAGCAGGGACAGAACCUCUGGUUCAUAUGUGACAACACUGCUGAGCUGGAGGAACUAGUGGAAAGUCUUCAUCCUCAGGGAGUUCGAGAGAGUGAACUGAAGGCGAAGAUAAAAAGCAGAUACCAGGAAAUCCUCCACUCCAUCCAUCUGACCCGCAAGGGCAAGGUAGGCCUCAGGAGCUGUGAUGGCUACACGGAGCUGCUCAAAUACCUGCGCAGUGACAUACAGGAAAUAGCCUCGCGACUCCAGAAGGGAGGCUUGGGAUACCUGGAUGAUAACAUAGACAUCGAAGAUCAGUUGAACAACAUGGAAAGCUUGAAAGAGUUUGGCGAGUGCAUCAUCACUAUUCAGGCCUGUGUCAUCAAAAAGUUCCUGCAGGGAUUCAUGGCCCCCAAGCAGAAAAAGAAGAAAAAGCAAGGAGGGGAAGAAAACAGCAAGGCCGAAGAGGUGGACGAGGAGAAGAGACUGGCAGAAGAGGCCAGGGUAGCGACAGCGGUAGAGAAGUGGAAGACUGCUAUCCGAGAAGCCCAGUCCUUUUCCCGCAUGCACGUCCUGCUGGGAAUGUUGGACGCUUGCAUAAAGUGGGACAUGUCUGCAGAGAACGCUCGCUGCAAAGUCUGUCGCAGGAAAGUGUUCAGGCAGAGCCCAUCUGUGCUGAGGCUGACGGAGUCUAAGCCCAGAUCCAAACAGUGCAGCCGCGGCAGGUUCAGUAGUGUCAGGCAGGUCUACAUACAGAACUGGCAGCUCCGCAGUCCAACAGGUGAUGACGAGAAACUCAUCCUCUGUGAUGAAUGCAACAAGGCCUUCCACCUGUUCUGUCUGCGACCGGCCCUGUAUCGCAUUCCUAGCGGAGAGUGGCUGUGCCCGGCCUGCCAGCCCACCGUGGCCAGACGUGGCUCACGCUCAAGGAACUAUAACCAAGACACCGACGAAGAAGAGGAUGAGGAGGAGUCUGAAGAGGAGUACUCUGAGGAAGAUGAAGAGGAGGAGGAAGAGAAUGACUACAAAGCCAUGGGACACAGCUUGAGACCAAGGAAGAAAAAUAAGCAGUCUUCGUCUCGGCAGAAAAGUUCAAAAAGUAAACCCAAGAAGCAGUCGUCUUCAAGUAGUCAGAACAACAAACAGAGAACUGGCCCCAACAGCCCUGCAGACAUUGAUGAACUGGUGCGACAGAGCGCUCAGUCAGGAGUAAGGAGGCAGGCGCUGGAGCUGGAGAGAUGUGAGGAAAUCCUCAAGAAACUGACAAAGUUCCGCUACAGCUGGCCUUUCAGGGAGCCUGUGUCUCCGGAUGAGGCAGAGGAUUACUUGGAUAUCAUCUCCCAGCCCAUGGACUUCCAGACGAUGCUGGGAAAGUUCAGCCAGGGCUCAUAUCGUAAUGCCCAGGACUUCCUGGAAGACUUGAAACUGGUCUUCUCCAACGCAGAGGAGUACAACCAGCAGGGCAGCACCGUGCUCUCCUGCAUGGUAAAGACGGAGCAGACGUUCACAGAGCUGCUCCAGAAGCUGCUGCCUGGCCUCAGCUACCUCCGCCGGCGCUCACGAAAACGCAUCAGCCGAGCCCCUGCAACAUCCGAGGAGGAGGAGGAGGAGGAGGAAGAAGAGCAGGAAGAGGAAAAAGAACCGAAGAAGAUGCAGAAUGGCAAAUCCAACAGGAAGAAAGUCAGAAAUGAUCGGGGACGGAGGGAUGAGGAAAGCGACAGUGAUGAGGAGGAUGAGGAUGAUGGCAGGAGGAGAAGUAAGCGGACCUCUGCCACCUCAGGCAAGAAGGAUUACAGGGAGCAGGAUAGCGAUGGCGAGCGGGACACACGGAGAACUCGUCAGCGGGGAGGCCGGGGUGACGCUGGCGGGGUUAGCAGCGAUGAGGACCAGUCCAGCCAGCAGCGACAUUCCAAGAGACAGAAACGCUCAUGAAGUCCAGUGUGCUUUUUUUGAAGGGGGGGGUCUUUCUUUGCUUUAAAAUUUCUGUCCCGCUCUUCUAAAAAUGAUCAGGAGCCCCCCACGGUCUCCUCCUCCUCCAGCCAGCGGGACUUAAUCCUCAGAAGGACUUUUUUGUGUUAUUGAAUUUCUGUUCAUAUUUUGACAACGACAAAAGAAAAGUGAUUUAUAUUUGUAACAUGUUUAAUAUUGGUGAUGUUUUUUUCUUUGUUUGUUUUUUUCAACCAAGAAAAAUGAGACAUUUGCGAUAACGGAGAGGUCCUCAUAGCUCUUACGACUCUUUUUGAUUUGAAUUUCAGUUCAAAGUUUGACAACCUCACGCACAAGUGUAAUUUGACUUGAAAUGUUGUCCUUUGAACUGUUUGUUUUUUGUUUUGUUUUUUGCGCUCCCCAGACACCAGAACAGUGUAAUGUGAGAUCUGUCUUCACUCCUGACACACGUAGUCCAGCCAUCACUUUACUGGGGUGUUUUGGGAUAAUUAAAUCUAGCUGUAAAAUGUUUGUCCCUCACACAAGUCAAGUUGUUUUCAAUGACACAAAGUACUUCUUGUUAAAGAGAGCCGAACUCCUCCGGGGACGUCUGUCUUGGUUUAAAAACAACGCUGAUGUGAAUUUUUCCUGACACCUGUAUCUCUUAUUACUAAGCAUCUUGACACCAAGAUUAUCUUUGGUCAAAUGCAAGUAUAUAGAUAAACAUGAUAGUAUUUUAGUAGAUGUAGUAAAAAAAAAUAAAUAAAAAAUUCCAGUCCAGAGUUGUCAAAAGCUGGGUCGAGACUGCAGAUCACACAUGUAGUCACAACACUUUAGUGCUAAAACACAAGUUUCAUCUCAGCUCUUGGUGCCAUGAUGUUUUCAAAAAUAGGGGUCCGACUUUGGAGUCUCAUUCUUGGCGUGUAGAGCUGACCAGCCUCUCCUCCUCUGUAGUGCCCUGCCACUUUAAAAGAACCGGUACCUCAAUGCUCUGUCAGUUUGCACUCCUCCUGUGUCAAGUGCACCUAUUAUGCCAGCAGCUGCAGGACCAUACUUUAUUGAAAUUAUGUGCAUAAACAUUUGUAAACAGUGUUUAAAAAAACAAAUAUGACGUUUGUUAAGAAAAUGGGCAUUUUUGAAUAUUUGAUAUUUUUUGCACAUUUUAUUUGGUAUUGUAAAUGACAACUUUGUUAGUCGAUCUUAAUCAUAUCCAAUAAAUCGCAAGUUGAAACCAGGGCUCUCCUAGUCGACGCGGAGAACAUGUUGGACUUAUUUUGCUUUUGUCACAGCAGAAAUGGUUGAACUCGUCACUUGUACAUUUUGUAAAAAAAACACCUAAAGCCCCUGCCACUGAUUAAAAUAAUUUAGUGACACACA